UCCUUUCAGCAUCUUCUAUUGGUUCCCCGCUCGGUGUCGGUGACGCCGACGGAGGAAGCCGGAGCGCUUUAAAUCUGAAGAGCUCAAUGAGAACGGUGGCAGACGUCCAAGCCGGAGCCGCGAUGCCGUUCUCUCUGUUUUUCUUUGUGUUGGUGGCGACAGACGCUGCCCUCGGCUUCGAUGACAAGAUUGUCGGCGGCUACGAGUGCAGGCCUCACUCCGUCCCCUGGCAGGUGUCCCUCAACAACGGCUGGCACUACUGCGGGGGAACCCUGAUCAGUGACCGCUGGGUCGUCAGCGCUGCACACUGCUACAAAGACGGGGACAUCGAGGUCCGUUUGGGUGAGCACCACAUCGGCUACAAGGACGGCCCCGAGCAGUUCAUCGCCCCCGCCGCCGUCAUCCGCCACCCGGACUACGACCGCUACACCAUCAACAACGACAUCAUGCUGAUUAAACUUGCACAGCCGGCGAAGUUUGACGAGUACGUGCAGCCGGUGGCGCUGCCCGGCAGCUGUGCGUCAGCCGGGACCCAGUGUUUGGUGUCCGGGUGGGGAGCCACCAAGAGCCCCUUCGGGUGUCUGAAAUGUCUCCACUGCCUGGACCUGCCCAUCCUGUCCCAGGAGGACUGUGAGCGCUCCUAUCCCGACAGGAUCACCUCCUCCAUGCUCUGUGCCGGCUUCCUCCAGGGAGGAAAGGACUCCUGCCAGGGAGAUUCUGGAGGUCCUCUGGUGUGUGACGGGGAACUUCAAGGUGUGGUGUCCUGGGGAUGGGGCUGCGCUGAGGAAAAUCGUCCCGGAGUUUACGCCAAGGUCUGUCACUUCACCGACUGGAUCCACUCCACCAUGGCCUCCCACUGAAGUCCUUCUCUGGAGGAAACUGCCUGCCGCUGCACACACAUUCAUUCCACAUUAAAUGGCGAGUGUAUUUAUACAGGUUUACUAGCCAGUUGAUGGACUCGGUGACUGUGAGUCAGUGUUGACCAAUAAAGUAUUGUCAUGAUAAACAAGCUCA